AUGGCCCCUCGGCGCCUCCUGUUGGUUGGGGAGGGGAAUUUCUCCUUCGCCGCCGCCGUGAGCGAGACCCUGGAUCCCGGGACUAGUCUAACUGCCACCUGCGUCCAGCGCCCGGAGGACCUGGCGCGAGACCCGGUGGCCCAGGAGAGCCUGCAGCGCCUGCGCCAGCGAGGUGCCAGGAUACGUUUUGGCGUGGACUGCACCCAGCUGGCAGAUGCCUUUGAACUGCGCGACAGGGAGUUUGAUCGAAUUUGUUUUAACUUUCCGCACUGUGGACGCAAAGCUGGGGUGGCUAGGAACAGGGACCUGCUUGCCAAGUUUUUCCAGAGCUGUGCAGAUGUUCUUGCAGAGGAAGGAGAAGUCCAUGUGGCAUUGUGUAGAGGACAAGGUGGGACUCCUGCUGAUAAUCCCAUAAGAGAAUGGCACAACAGUUGGCAAGUGGUUGCCAUGGCAGCUCUGGGGGGAUUCAUUUUAAGUGAUGUGCAUCCCUUCAACUGUGAGGCUGUGCCAGGGUACAAGUGCACUGGAUAUAGGAGCCAAGAUAAGUCCUUUCAUGUAGAAGGUGCUUUGAACCAUAUCUUCACCCGGAGCUUACCCUUUGAAGGCUCGCAACCGAGAAUCUUCAGAGUCAAACUGGGUGACCAAUGGUUUUCCUUUCCAGAACCAGAAGCACUUGUAGGCAAGUUGAACAGGGGUUUCCUAGAAGCAUCUUCCUGUCAUCCUAUCAAAACAAUAAAUGAGAAACUGAUUGCUGAACUGGGCAAAGCUUUCCCUCUAAAAAGGCUGAAGUGUUCCUCCCCUUUGUUGCCACAGGGAGAAACCAACAGUCUCACUUCCUGGAACCGUGACAUUCUAUCAGCUGCCUUUUGCAUUAAUCUCCUUGAGGAUAACUCAAGUUCUGAGUCCCUGGCUGGUGGGACAACAGAAAACAUGGAGGCCUUUCUUGUGUCAUUUUCAGAACUUAGCCUUCCCAAGAGCCCUGGAAGAGAUAAUAAGGAAGAGGCUCCUGAAGGAAUCUAUGGCCAAGCCAAGAUCUGGCUUAGGCCUUCUCUCCUAGUUCAUGUUCAGGCUGUCAUCCAAGCACCUGACUUCCUCCCAGGUUCUUUGCACAUCCUCAGUGGACCUGUCUUUCGGAAGUGCCACAUCUUGCCUUUCACAAUGCCAACAUUUCACGAGACUUUAUUUAUCCUUGGGUUUAAUCAGAAUAUGAAGGAUGGCUGUCUUCAGUCACUACUGGACCACCUGGAGGGCAUUCUAGAUAGCCUUCUGACACAGACAUUGCUGGAGGGCUCUAAACUGGGCAGUUCAGUAGAAUUUGUCUUUCAGCCAAAUGGGAAAGAUUGUAUGAUUAAGGUGAAGUCUCAUAAUUUUGGCACAGUUUGUGCCAAGGAUCUGAUUAUUGGGUCUGUUACCACAUCUGUUCCAACCAUUAUACACAAAGACCAGUGUUUUGUGUUUGUGUCUAUGAACUUGGACUUAUUAGCCAUGCUUGUUUGGGGUAUCUCUGACUGGAGGAUGUUGUGGACCUUUGAUAAACGUUUCCUGAAGAAUUUUGUCCCUGGGAAAAUAGAACCCUUUAAAAGCCAUUCCCUAUAUCCUCCGAGCUAUGUGCAUGAUAUUAGUUUUUGGAUAGAUGAAAAGAAAGGAUUUGAUGAACUAGAGUUUCACACUGUGGCCCGAGCAGUGUCUCAAGACACUGUCAUAUCCAUAGAAUUUCUUAGUCGUUAUCAGCAUCCUGAGACUGAACAGGUCAGUCUCUGCUAUAGACUGACCUACCAGACCUGUGACAAGGCCCUUACCCAGCAGCAGGCAGCAUCAAUGCAGUCCCAAUUUAGGAAAGAGAUUCAACAGCGACUACAUGUGACACCUCGAUAGUUUAGUAAAUUCAUUUCUGCAGUGUGAUCCUCAUGGGUGUGGGAUGAAAAAAAACCAAUUUGUGACUGGGAGUCCUUUCUGGACUGUUUUUUGUAAAAUAUUUUACCUUGUGAGUAUUGACUCUAAAGAUACCAGUGACUCCAUCGCUUAAACUUAUAGACUGUAAUGUGAUUGGUGACCUUUAGAGUUGUGCAGUAUUUUGAUCCUGAGUAAGGACUAGGAAAACAAAUAAAACAUCAUCAUGUGCCCUGGCCA